ACCAAUUUCCUCUCUUGUUCAUUCUCUCGAAAGGGUUGCACUGUUUCGGGCUGCUCUUCACUGGUGUAGUGUUUUUCAGAAGUGUGUGCAUGUGGUCUUUCCUCUGCCAAAUGCAUGCUGCUCUCCCACAAUUCUGAUUCUGUUUCAAGGGCUGAUAUACCUGAUACCUACCUUUUUAUAAUGGAUAUUUGAAAGUGGUAGGAAGAUGUAUAUUUUUUCACACGGAAUAAAAAAUAUUGAUUGAAGAAGGAAUUUGUCCUGGCUGAUGCCAUUCGGGGUUGUUAUGCCUGAGCCUUAUUGUGCCUAUGUAGUAAAUGGAAUUAGACAGAUCAGUGGCACAUGAUCACUAUAAGCACUUGAGCCUUCAUUAGUACAUCAAUAGGGACUGUCUGGAGGAAUGUCAAGUGACAAGCAUUUCAUCAUCAGGGCAACAUAGCAGAUCAUGAUGCCAGCAUUACAACAUGAAAAAGUUUUGAUCCGGUCGAGGCAUGCUUAGCUGCUAGUUAAGAUCAAUUCGAUAACCGUUUCAAUGGAAUGUAGGUCUUUUGGCACUGUGUUCCCCUCUGAUGUCAAGCUGACCUCCAUUAGGCUACAUUGUGGCUCUCAUUGUAUUAUAUGUGGUUUGAUAUGAUUUGGUCUAAAUGUUUUACUGAAUAGUGGAUAUAAAGAAGAAGAUGGACUUGAGGAUAGGGCUCAACUCCUUAUUUUCUCCUUAUUCUCAAAAUACUAUUUUUGUUUAGGCUUGGAUAAAGUCCUGAAUAGCAUUCUGUGACACGUUUACAUUUUCUAGUGUGCUGGUAUUUCUCUUGCCAGUUGCCAUCUUAGAAUCUUGCACAAUGAAAUAAUGUGUUCUUUGGCUUACAUGGAACCUGCUUUCGAUAUAUCCUUUAUUUUGGCAGUUACCUUUAGGUCCAAAGGGUUGCCAAAUGGCACCAGAAAUUUGGCAAAAGUAAGAUAGUAAAUGCGAAGUAAGAAAGUAAAUGAAUCUGUUACUGAUAUUACUUACAUGUUUUUAAAAUAUUUUACUAGUAAAAUGUUAAGGUUUCAUGUAGGCUAUGCUGUCUGUCUUCCAUUUAACUUAACCUAGCCUCUUUGGCUUUAUAACCAUUCUGCUGAGCUCUGUCUUCUUUGUAUUUCAGUCUCUUCAUUUAGGCCUACGUCAUUAUCAAGGGGUGUUUCCCUAGGGUAGGCCUAGCGGUUAAAGUGUUGUGCCAGUAACCGGAAGGUUGCUAUUUCAAAUCCCAAAUCCGAUAAGGUGAAAAAUCUGUCGAUAUGCCUUUGAACAAGACACCUAACCCUAAUUGCUCCAUGGUCACCGUUGAUAAUGGCAGACCCUGGCUGUGGCCCCAACCUCCCAGGGAGAGGUGGGAUAUGCAGAAACACAUUUCCAAUUCACACGUGUAUAAUAGGGCAAAAAUAAGCACCCAAAUUAUUUAUUUAUUAACAACUUGUGUUGCUCGUUCUGAUUAUUCUACCUUAUAAUUGUUUCUCCGUCUUAACCAAGGCACCACCAAUUGCCAUAAAUAAAUAUAGGUGCUCAUUCAGCUUUUUAAAACACUGACCUAACAUUCUUCCAGUGCUAGGAAAUGAUUGCACACUGCACGCAUCAAUUAUCGAUAAGAUAAAAGAUUGUCAAAUGUUAAGUAACAUUGACCAAACAUGGGCCUAGAUGUUUGUGUACAGCUGCAUCAGCCAUUGCAGUGCUCCAUUGAAACUCAGCUAUUUUGUCCAGCAAUAUAAAAACUAUAAUGAUAUAUAUAAAAUGCAGCUAGGUUUGGUACAUUGGAAUGUAUGCUUUGACAUGAAACACAUUCUAAAAACUUCUGAAAACAAAUAAAGUCAUUCAGUGUGGCUAGUCUAUAAAUUAGAUUUUGCAUUAUGCACAGUGCAUACUUGUGGCUACUGGCUAGCUCCUAGCUGUAGUGCUUCAAUAUGACUAACAUGCUUCUCUCUCUCCAACUCUCUCUAUCAAAUUGUUUUUUUCUUCUUCCCUUAUGCUGAACAAUUCUCGACCAAUCACCCUGCUGUCUAUAGAGCUAGCAUCACAGACCUCUUGUGUCAAGCCUUUCCAUUGAGUCGUCUGGGUGCAUGUGCUGCUACCUGUCCAAUCUGUAAUUACCGCCACCUGCCGUGGCAAUCUUUCCACGACCUGAGAGCUGAACCGUCUGAAUUCUCCCUGAAGCAGACACUUCUCCCUCAAGUCUCGCUUUCUCUCCACUUCUGCCUCACCUUCAACCAUGACAUUCAAAGUUGACAUGCAUUACGUAGUCUUCUUGCCUGUGUACUUAUUGAUGUGGCUGUACACUCUCAUCACGUUCAUCCCAUGGUAUUUCCUCACUAAUGCUGGGAAGAAGAAAACAAUGGCCAAGAGAGAGAAAGCCAAGUCCACCACAGGCAAAGCAGAGGGCCCCUAUCGUUGUGUGGAGAACUUUGAAAACCUGGCCCGGGAGGACUUUGAGGGAAAGGACACUCUAGACAAGCUGUUUGAGCAUGCAGUGCAGCGCUUCGGCAACGCAGACUGCCUGGGUACCAGGGAGCUCCUAAAUGAGGAGAACGAGACGCAACCCAGUGGCAAGAUCUUUAAGAAGCUGAUCUUGGGGGAGUACAGGUGGCUGUCCUAUGACGAGGUGGACCAGAUCAUCAGCCAUUUAGGUAGUGGACUGGCAGCACUGGGCCAGCAGCCCAAGAGUACCAUCGCCAUCUUCUGUGAGACGCGGGCAGAGUGGAUGAUCACUGCACAGGCCUGCUUCAGACGCAACUUUCCAUUGGUCACUCUGUAUGCCACCCUGGGGGAGGAAGCUGUGGCCUAUGGGCUUAAUGAGUGUGGAGCCACACACCUGAUCACCAGCGCAGAGCUACUGGAGACUAAACUCAAGAAUGUUUUGCCAGAUAUGCGCAACCUGAAGCACGUUAUAUAUGUGGACAACAAGAGUAUCAGCAGGACGGGCUACCCUGAGGGCAUUCAGAUCUACAGCAUGCAGGCAGUACAAGAGUUGGGAGCCAAACCUGACAACUUGAGUGUAGAGGUGCAGCGGCCCCAGCCCACAGACCUGGCCGUGGUCAUGUACACCAGCGGCUCCACUGGACGACCCAAAGGAGUCAUGAUCAUCCACAGCAACCUGAUCGCUGGCAUGACGGGCCAGUGUGAGAGGAUCCCAGGACUGGGGCCAAAGGAUACCUACAUUGGCUACCUGCCUCUAGCUCAUGUGCUGGAGAUGACUGCUGAGAUCUCAUGUAUGACGUAUGGCUGCAGGAUUGGCUACUCUUCUCCUCAAACACUCUCUGACCAGUCAACAAAAAUCAAGAAGGGCAGUAAAGGAGACUGCUCUGUGUUGAGGCCUACUCUGAUGGCAGCUGUACCAGAAAUAAUGGACCGCAUCUACAAGAAUGUGAUGAACAAGGUGCAGGAGAUGAGCUAUGUGCAGAGGACUCUCUUUAAACUGGGCUACAACUACAAACUGGAACAGAUCAAAAUGGGCUACGAUGCCCCACUCUGCAACAUGCUUCUGUUUAAGAAGGUGAAGGCUCUGCUGGGAGGGAACAUCAGGAUGAUGCUGUCAGGAGGAGCACCCCUGUCCUCCGCCACCCAGCGCUUCAUGAACAUCUGCUUCUGCUGCCCCGUGGGACAGGGUUACGGCCUCACAGAGACCUGCGGAGCAGGGACCAUCACAGAGGUUGCAGACUACAGCACUGGGAGAGUAGGGGCCCCCCUCAUCUGCUGUGAGGUGAAACUACGAGACUGGGUUGAGGGCGGAUACACCAGCCAGGACCAACCCCACCCCCGUGGAGAGAUCAUGAUUGGUGGGCCCAACGUUACCAUGGGUUACUAUAAGAGCGAGCACCUGAACAAUGACUUCUGGGUAGAUGAGCAGGGCCAGAGGUGGUUUUGUACCGGGGAUGUGGGGGAGAUCCACUCUGAUGGCUGUCUGCAGAUAGUGGACCGUAAGAAGGACCUGGUCAAACUGCAGGCUGGAGAAUACGUGUCCUUGGGGAAAGUGGAGUCUGCUCUGAAGAACUGCCCCCUAAUUGACAACAUCUGUGCAUAUGCAAACAGUGACCAGAACUAUGUGAUAAGCUUUGUGGUACCGAACCAGAAGCAGCUGACAACUCUCGCCAAUAACAACGGCAUAAGUGUUGCCUGGGAGGAGAUCUGUAACCACCCAGCCAUGGAGGAGGAGGUCCUGAAGGCCAUCAAAGAGCUGGCUGCCUCAAUCAAAUUGCAGCGUUUUGAGAUCCCUGUGAAAGUGCGUCUAAGCCCAGAGCCCUGGACCCCUGAGACUGGCCUGGUGACAGAUGCAUUCAAACUGAAGAGGAAGGAGCUGAAGAAUCACUUUCAGACUGAUAUAGAGAGAAUGUACGGAGGGAAGUAGAGCCACCAUCUGAUCUAACCAAAGAACGGUUUCCUUACAACUUUCACCAGUGAUGUGUGUCUGAAUAAUAAUACUAUUUAUUUGUAUAGUGAUUUUCAUAAGAGUUAACUCUAAGCUCUACAGAAAAAAAAACACUUGAGUGUAAAAAACAUUAGGAACACCUUAAUAUUGAGUUCCACCCCGUUUUGCCCUCAGAACAUUCUCAAUUCGUCAGGGCAUGGGCUCUACAAGGUGUUGAAAGUGUUCCACAGGGAUGCUGGCCCAUGUUAACUCCAAUGCUUCACACAGUUGUGUCAAAUUGGCUGGAUGUCCUUUGGGUGGUGGACCAUUCUUGAUACACACGGGAAACUGUUGAGUGUGGAAAAACCCAGCAGUGUUGCAGUUCUUGACACACUCAAACCGGUGCGCCUGGCACCUACUACCAUACCCCAUUCAAAGGCAUUUCAAUAUUGUUCCUUGCCCCUUUCACCCUCUGAAUUGCACACAUACAUAAUCCAUGUCUCAAGGCUUAAACAUUUUAUUUUUCUUGAAGUGGACUUAACAGGUGACAUCAAGAAGGGAUCAUAGCUUUCACCUUGAUUCACCUGGUCAGUCUGUUAUGGAAAGAGCAGGUGUUCCUAAUAUUUGUACACUCAGUGUUUAAAAACAACAUACAUUUAGAAUCAAGGCAGGUAAAAUAGCAAUAGUGGGAUAGGUGCGAUUUAUUAUUUUUGCUUCGGACUAGGACUGGAAAAGACACUUUGUAGAAGUGGAACUUAAGGCCCGUUUUAAAAGUUUAGAGUGAUGGAGAGGCUCUCAGGUCGUCAGGGAGAGCAUUCUGUAGGCGAGGGGCUAGGGAGCAGAAGGCUCAGUUCCCAUAGUUCGGAAUGUGUGUGUGUGUGUGUGUGUGUGUGUGUGUGUGUGUGUGUGUGUAUGCUUGCGUGUUUGCAUAUGCUUCAAAGCAUUAUGCCUGUGAACUGUAGAAUUGUCGUUCCACGCCAUCUCUUUUGUCAAAUUAUGAAUGUCAGUCCAUAAAGUCCAGCACAGAGGUAUCAGCUGGUUAGUUACAGCUAUUUGUGUACAUGCAGUUGUCUCCAUGCUUGUGGGAUCGCACAGCGUUGUGCAAAACUGCAAUUUGAAUGCAAGUCUUGUAUUUGCAUAUUGUAAUUUGCCUUUGAAAUGUAUUUUCUUUUGUGUCUAACGGAGUUAAGUGUUUUAGAGAUUUCCUGUAGCUGUAAGACAGGGUUGGGCAACUGGCGGCCUCCUAUUGUAGGCCCGUGGAUCAAUUUUCAAACACAGGGAAGCCCCCCCCAAAAAAGUAUUUUCAUUAUAAAAAAAAAUGUAGGAACUCAUUCGGGGGCCCCAUUUACUGUUGAGCGUUAGAAUAGUAAAAUACACAAGGUGCAAUUUCUAAAUUUGGUGUGCAUCAGCAGUUUUUCUGUUAUUAUAUCAGUCACCAACAAUCACUCAAUUAGCCAUGUCAGCUAACAAUUUUUAGAUUAAGUCUUGCCAGCUUUUUAAACUUGUAGUAAUCAUGGUCGAAUUCCGAUCAGUUACGUGACCAGGGCCCCUAUUGAUUUAGUUAAUCACUCUCACUCAGAUACAGUUACAGCUGUUUUUGGGAUUGUAUAUCGAUUUGCAAAAUGUGUAAAAUUUCUGGAAAUUAGCUUUAAAACUGUAAAGAUUCCCCCCCAAUAGCAAAAUGGUUAGAAUUGCAGGAAAUUUGCUGUAAAACUCAUUCUUUUUUUCUCUCUGCCCCAUGACAAAAUGUGUAGAAUUGCAGGAAAUGUACUUUAAAACGUACAUUUUUCUCUCCACUGUCAAAUCUUGCUUAGGGCCCCCAAAAGGCUAGGUCUGGCCAUGGCUACUGGAAUAGAGUGGUGAGGAAGAGCUCUGUGGACCCAUACUGUCCGGAAGUAAUUAUUCCAGCCAAACUAGCAUAGUUCAGUUAGCCAGCUAGUUUAGUCAAAUCCAAUUUUAUGUCACAUGUGCCGACUACAACAAGUGUAGACUUCACUGUGAAAUGCUUACUUACGAGCCCUUUCCCAACAAUGCAGAGUUAAAAAGUAAGACAAUAUUAGCAAAAAGGGAAAACCAUGGAAAACAAGCUCUGGACAGGAUAUAGCUGGGCGCACAUGUGCACUAGGCUAAUUCAGGACACAGAGAUUGUAGUUUUUAUGCCCUAAUAUCAGGAGCUGGUGGGGGAAAGUUAGAUUAAACAAUUCAGACACUGAAACGAGUACAUCAGAUGACACAAAUUUAAGGAGAGCAAAUCGAUAUACAAUCCUAAAAUCAGCUGUAACUGUCAAUAGUAAAACAAAGCUUAAAACGAUAUUUGAGUAAAACUGAAUUCAUAAAAUGAAUGGUGAAGUUGCUUCCAGACACGGUAGCGUCCUCCUCCUCACCACUCUAUAGUUAAUUUACUUAAGAGUUAAGUAGUUUAACUGCACAAAUGGAUUGAUUGAACAAAUCAGUUGACUGCAUGGCUGUGAGUAUGCAGAUCCGCAAGCCACUGCGGCCCAUCAGGAUAAAUUCAGAUUUUUUUGUGGCCCCGCUCCCAUCAACAUAGCCCAACCUGCUAACCUACUGGUAGUUUGAUGAAAAUAAAACAUUAUGCUGCCCCCUAGUGUGAAAGCACCCACAGUGCUGCUGUAUACAUUUGCUUGUUCAAUACAUAGGAUCACAUUACUGCCACAAGACUGCCGAGCCCCCACAAUCCUUCAGGCUAUUGCACAUAGAUUAAACCUGAGUGUAAUUUUGGAAAUUUCUGUCACCUGUGCUUGUUUAAUUUUGUUUUUCAUGUUUUGAACCUGCUCAUGACAUUGUCAUAGUGUCACGUUAUGUUUUGGAUUUUUCAGGUACUAGGUCUGGUAUGGUGAAUAUCAUUCUUGCUAUGUUACAGAAUGGAUUAUCAUUUCUGUUUGUAGAUAGUCAUUUAGCCUCUUUGUUUCAUGCUGAUCUCUUCCUACACCUCUGUUUUUAUAUACUGUACAAUAUUUAUAGACUUCGGUUAUAUGUUUCAAGUCAUCUUUAUAAUGUAAUAGUUCUACAUUUCUGACCUCUGGAUCUGCCAAUUUAAUAGUCUGUAUGCUCUUGAAUAAUUGUAUAUUUAUCAAGAUAUGAAAUACUCAAUGCAAUUUUUAGAUGAUAUGCUGUUAAAUCCAAUUGAGUAGCAUGUGUAAAUAAAACUUGAAUGUAAAGAUUUUGUAUGCAUGCACAUUAAGGUCAAGUUAAAUAUUGAGCCAUUUGAAUUUUUUUUUAUAUUUGAUACUAUUGAACUGUUUAAAGGUCACAAUUGUGCUUCUUGAAACUUUGUGUGGAAUGUUGACAAAUGCUGUGAAUCAGCAAGUUUGCUUCAGAAAAUGUACAGACAUUCAAAGCUAAUGAGUUAUAGCAUUCUGAAGCUGCUUAAUGCAGUAAGAGGGAAUUUAUGGUGUCGUGACCAACUGAAACAUGCAAAUUAAUGCCAAAAAUGUAUAUUCCAGGAUGCAUUUCAUUCAUAUCAUAAAAUACAAUGUAACUAUUAUGCACAUAUCCUUAAUGGCCAACACAUUGGGAAUAAACAUACUGUUACAAUUAGCCAUGAUAUGACUAAUCCAUUAUGUCCUACCAUGGCUAUGUUCCAAUAGGAGUGAGAAAGGUCAAAAAGCCACUACAUGUUUUUUGUCAAUGUUUUAUAAUUUUUUACACUCAGGGUUAACUAUACAUCAACCAAGAAUGCACUGCAGUAGUAAUUCUUUUGAGAACAACAUUUCAUCUUAUGUUAAUUGUGAAGCACUUAUCUUCAUUGGUUAAUAUUGAUGUUUUGUCAGCUCAUUUGCAUUAUUUCUAAAAAUCUGUUACGUGUAUGAAACAAUAUGUGAUAAGGGAUGGGCAGUGUGUACAUUCUGGAUAACUCAUUUUCUGUACAUGUACUUUUUAUAUGAAUAUAUUAAAGCUUACUGCCCACUGUAAAA